AUGGGAGCCGCAGCUUCGCCACCUGUUCAGGCCCCGGCCAUUCCCCCAUCUGAGGGGGAAGCCCCUUCUCAGCGCCGAUACCCCACCAGGAGACCCCCCACGGACCCUAUGCCACUAGCCGAUCAAGCCACGAGCUCUGUUUCUCGGCCACCAGCGAAGAGAACCAAGUUCUCGGGUCCUGGAGAGCCAUCCCACGCACCUCAGCCAGAGCCACCUACAGAGGACUCUCGGAUUCCUGUGGGGAUUACUCCUGAGACCGUUAUCAGGCGUCCCAUGAUAGCCGGACCACCGAUAGAGGGCAACUUGGAUUGCAGAGAUCGAUCCUUCCAUUCCGAGACCUACUUUGAUAUAGAGACCCGAGGAGGCUAUGCCUCAGCUCCCCAGAGCAGUCAAAGAGCUGCCCCUGUGCGGGCCCCACAAGAUGCACCCCCACAUUUACCUGAUUCUGCCACUCAGCGCAGAUACCAUACGAGGAGAGCAGCUGCCACGCCUGUGGCCCCUACUCAGAUUCCACCUAGGAGUUCUCCUACAAAGAAGGCCAAGACUUCAGAGCCAGGAGAGUCUUCCAGAGCACCUCGAGAUUCACAGUCUUAG